CCUCGGCCCCCGGGACCGCCGAGGGUCCGCCCGCCGCCCCGCGUGUCCGGGUGUAUGAAGGUGCUCAUAAAGGCUAGAAAAAAGUGUUGGAUCCCCUGGAAUUGGAGUUACAGACAGUUGUGAGCCGUUCAACAUGGGUGCUAGGAACCAAACUCAGCUAAAUUAUUCAAGUUUGUGGGAUACUAUAUGCAUCUUAAGACUGUAAUAAAGUGGCAAUGUCUCGGGAACCUACUCCACCUCUGCAUGGAGAUAUGUCUACUAGUCCUGUUGCAGAAAGCUGGUGUUACACACAGGUUAAAGUAGUGAAAUUUUCCUACAUGUGGACUAUUAAUAACUUCAGUUUUUGUCGAGAAGAAAUGGGUGAAGUGUUAAAGAGUUCAACAUUUUCUUCUGGCCCAAAUGAUAAAAUGAAAUGGUGCCUGAGGGUAAACCCAAAGGGAUUAGAUGAUGAAAGUAAAGACUAUUUGUCCUUAUAUUUGCUUCUAGUUAGCUGCCCAAAAAGUGAGGUUCGAGCUAAAUUCAAAUUCUCUCUUCUGAAUGCUAAAAGGGAAGAAACAAAAGCAAUGGAAAGCCAAAGAGCGUAUCGAUUUGUACAGGGGAAGGACUGGGGAUUUAAAAAAUUCAUUAGAAGGGAUUUUUUGCUUGAUGAAGUUAAUGGUCUCCUUCCAGAUGACAAGCUUACGUUAUUCUGUGAGCAUCUCCAACACUGCUUGCAGAAGAGGUGGAAGCAUUGCACUGCCCUCCCUAAAGAACUGGCACCUCCCCUCCACUGCAAGUGGUGCUGUAGACAGGUGAGUGUGGUCCAAGAUUCAGUAAAUGUAUCAGGACAUACUAAUACAAACACGCUGAAGGUGCCAGAAUGUCGACUAGCAGAAGAUUUAGGUAAUCUCUGGGAAAACACAAGAUUUACAGAUUGCUGCUUUUUUGUGAGAGGAAAAGAAUUCAAAGCUCAUAAGUCUGUGCUUGCAGCUCGAUCCCCAGUUUUUAAUGCAAUGUUUGAACAUGAAAUGGACGAAUGCACAAAGAAUCGAGUGGAAAUAAAUGAUUUAGACCCUGAGGUUUUUAAAGAAAUGAUGAGAUUCGUUUACACAGGAAAAGCACCAAAUCUCGGUAAAAUGGCUGACAACUUGUUGGCAGCUGCAGACAAAUAUGCACUGGAACGGCUGAAGGUCAUGUGUGAAGAAGCUUUGUGUAGUAACCUCUCAGUAGAAAAUGUUGCUGAUACCCUUGUCCUUGCAGAUUUGCACAGUGCAGAACAGUUGAAAGCCCAGGCAAUAGACUUUAUUAAUAGGUGCAGUGUUCUUCGACAACUUGGGUGUAAAGAUGGGAAAAACUGGAACAACAACCAAGCAACCGACAUAAUGGAAACAUCAGGGUGGAAGUCCAUGAUCCAGUCUCAUCCUCAUUUAGUGGCAGAAGCCUUCCGAGCACUAGCAUCUUCACAGUGUCCACAGUUUGGUAUUCCACGCAAAAGGUUAAAACAGUCUUGAGUCUUCCAUGGACAGUAGGAAAUUUAUUUGCCUUUACUCCCCCAGGUCCUGAAGGAUUCCAAUACAAACCAUAAGCAACAGAUGUUUCUGUCUCUUGUCCACAGAACGGAAGCUGGAAAGGCAUAUUGCUUGCAUUCACAUGGAUAAUUUAUGGUUUAUACUUCAGCUUUAAAUCUGACUGAUUAAUUCACUUCAAGGCCUUAAAUUGUCUUCAGUGACUUCUCUUGUUCAUAUAAUAAUUUAAUUUUUUUUAUUGUGCCUUGUCAGUUUGCCAAGGCUAUGCAGGAUUGCACUAGCUCCACAUUGCAGUAAUAUUGAUAACUGAUGAUACUGAAUUUCAAAGGAUCUUCCAUUAUUUUAGAAACAAAAGAAUUUUACAGGCUUUGCUCUAUAUGAUCUCCAAGUAUAAAACUAGGUUCUAUUGGAUUUGUAGAUUGCCAGAGGCAUCUCCAGUCUCAGGUGUGUAGGCACUAAAGAGCCUGUUACCAUCCAGAUACGUUUUGACCAUACACUGCUCUGAUUUAAAUUAUUUUUCAUUUCAAGGGGCAGAUAACAAUGAGUUGACCUAAAAUUUUAGUAAUAUUUGUGGUGUUUGUCUGUAUAUUAACUGCUCAAGAAACUGGGUUUAUGCACAUUUGUAAAGAUUGAAAAAUAAUAUGAAGUUAAGAUUUCAAUAAAAAGAAAGCAUGACUUUUGCUAAUGUUUUAAAUUUAUGACUUACAUUUGAAAGAAAAAUUCAAUAGAUGUUAAAGUCAGGAUGACCAAUGUACAUGUAAUGAGUGGGCCAAUUAAGAAAGAUAUAUGUGCACUUUUAAUGUGGAAAUUUUCUAUGAUAAAUGGUACAUAUAUAUUUUCCCUUUGCAUGGAUUAAUAAGAUUUUGAUUAUGUUUUAACAUUUAAAAGAAGUUUUGUGACACAAGGAGCCAACUUGGAUAUUCAUGAAAAUAGAUAAAAUUAUGCUUGAUUUUAGAUACAUUGACUUGGAUUUCAAAUAUUUAUUAUUGAGUUUAUUACAGUUUUAUUACAUUUGGGCAAGGCACCUAACAAUAAAUGAGUCAUGUACAGUCUGCUUUAUUUCAAAGCAAUUAACAGAUAAUAUUUGCCUGUGUAAGUUGUAUGGGAAAGCAGAGAACCCUCUGAGCGUGUGUGCAGCCACACUAGGAAACUUGUUUCUCCCUGGUGGCUCAGUUACUCACAAGGUAGAUGAUUGAAAUUUUGCGUAAUGUGAAUGGGAUACAUGUUACCAACUGUUUUUAGUGAAACCGUUUUUUGUUUGUUUGUUUGUUUUUUAAUUAAAGUUUAGCUUUAAACACGCAAAUGUUUUGUGUCUAGUAGUUGUGAGAUCUGUUGUGAUGCAUUGUUCUAGAGAAGCAGGAGUGGCCGUGUCAGAUCAUAUGUGACUGAAGCAUUGGUGAUGUGCUCUCUACAUAACGUCUGAGCAUGUUACUGGAAAACAGGUGUAUGUGCCUGUAUUUUGCAUAUGUAGCUUUAUUCCCUGAAUUAAAAUUUGUGUAAUUUGUUUAUUAUAAAAUUCAGGAAAAAAGUAAGCAUAUUGUUUUAAAAUAGACUAUUUUAACUAUAGCUUUUUAGCUCUUAACUGAAACAAUCUUAAAAUACAUUCAGAAAAUACUGUCAAAUAAGCAUUAGCUAUCAAGAGAAAACAAGAAAAGAUUGUAUUUUUAGAUAUUUUAGUUUUGAUUCUUUGUUGUUAAAAUGGUAAGAAUUAUUUGAGAUAGAAGAAAUUUUUUUCAUCUGAGAGUGGGCUUCACCCUAUAUAAGAGAAUCAUGAUGAGCAAAAGUUUAUUCCCUUAAUUUCUUCAUAAUACAAACCUUGUUACAUUAACAGUAAACUUUUAAACGCACACAAGCACACUUUUUAAUACAAGAUAUUUUCAUGGUCUAACAAAAAGCAAAGAUUCCACUCAGCAGCUAGAAUACAUUGUCAAAUGUCAUAAAAACACUGAAGUCUAUGUACAACACAUUGCAAAUUGAUUCAUUGAUUUGGUCCACAUUUCUAACCAUGGUGAAAUCAAUAGUAAUGCCAUAUAGUAAACAUAAUAAGUGUUUAUUGAUAAUGUUUGCAAUGUUCUUGUACAUAUUUUUGGUUUUAGUUUGCUAACAUAUUUACUACCAAAAAUGUCCAACACUUUGCUCUGUAAAUAUCAGUGUCUGCUGACAUGCCCACUUUUUAGAAGGUACUGUACCAACUAUUACACUUAAAGAAUCAUACAAUCUUUUCUGGUUUUGUUUUUAAUGUAUAUUUUAGUAGUUUUGGUUCUUGAGUGUGUGAUAAAAGACUGUUUAUUUUCUUCUUGGAGUGUCCUAAUUGCGUUUUCCCCAUUCACUCAUUUUUGUACUAUAUACAACUUGAUCAAAAUAGGUACAAUUUCUGCUUAAUCCAGUCUUUUUAAGUUACCAGUUUUCUUCUAUUACCUUUUAGUCACCUAAACAAGGCUUUUCUCAGUACAGAGUAAGUAAGUGGUUUUCAAUAUUACAAUUUAAAAAUGUGUCUGUUGGAAAAUUGUUCUUUAGAGUGGAUUUAGAAAUACUGUAUUUGUGCCUUUUUCAUUGUUUUGCUUUUAAUGUGUUUUGAUACUUGGAGCACAAAUAUGAAGGUGCCAUAAGAUGGCUUGCUAAUGUUACCUCCUUAAAUACUUUCUAUAUUACUAUCUUCAAAUAAUAAUUGGAGAACCUUGAAUGAAAUGCCCUUUGUGUGAGAUAUGUAUGUGUUUAUAUUUUCUUGGGCUGUGUAUAAUAUGUUUGAGUGAAUUUAUGAAAAUAGAACUUAGUUAAAUAUGUUGAAAAUUCAGAUUAAUUGAAGUAUCUCAUUUAAGUGUACUUUAUAUGAAAAGACAGUGGAUUGCCAGAAGACAGUGUAAUCCUCAAAAAUGUGACCAGCAUUCUUCAUUAUAAAAUAGGAAAAUAUUGCUGUUUUAGGAUAUCAAGGAUAAUUAAAUUUUAAAAAUAAUUGCUUUAAAUAUUUUAAAAGUGUCAUGAACAUUGUUUUAUUUUUUUAACUUGAUCUAAUUGAGAGUUUAAAUUUUCGGAAAUAUUAUUUUGCUCAUUAAAACUUUAUACAUGAAUUUAAAGCAGUUUUUAUAUGAAGUUAUAGAUAAACGCUUCAAGUAUGGCUCAGUGAUAGAGUGCUUAUGAAUAUUUGUGAUCCAUAAGUUGGAUCCAUAGCAACAUCAACACACAAAAAGAUGGGAUCGUAGAUACAAUUCACUGUUAGAAAAAUGCAACAAAGACUUGGAUAAGUUUUAUGAAAAUCACACUCAGCAGUUUUACUACAAGUCUUUCAUGUUCAUGUAGAAGUGAAAUAAUCUGUCUUGGACAUGCCUGGUCUUCGAUGGUUACAAUGGAAAUAUUUGUUGUGUUCUUGAGAGAGGUGGGCGAGUGAGUGAGUAGGUUUUAGUAUUCUCAGAAAAUAAAUACAGCACUUUCAGCACACAUGAGAGUAUUUUACAAACCUUUUUAUACAGAGAUUGUAAGCUCCAACUUAAGUGUUCAUGGAGUGAUGUAAAUGUUGGCUAUUUCUAGCUGAAAAAAAUACUGAGUGCCUCCAAUGCAAGAUGUCUUUACUAGGAAUGAAAUCACACUGUAUUUUCUGUUGUAUGUAAAUUUAUGUCUGAGAAGGAAUACUUAUUUUUAAAUAUUUUCCUGUUGGUAAAGCUUACUGUAAAGCUUAUUAUCUAACUAGUUAAUUUAGCAUUGCUUACAGAUGAAUUGAGUCCAUUUUUGGAAAUAAAGUUUUGCUAAAAUUAUUUAAUUAUUAGUUCAGAAGGAAGUUGACUUUUAAGACUCAGACCUUUAACAGUUAAACUUUCUGGCCUUUAUUUAAUCCAUUUGUUGUUUUAUGGUGAGAUACACACUAUUUGUGUUAUUGCUGGAAAUAGAUUUUGUGUUUCAGCACGUUGAGUUAAAAUAAACUUGUUACUGCUUAUUCAGAAGUAA